AUGAACAAGCUUGCCUUUGACAGGUUAUUCGAGAACCAUGCCUCUUCAAUAAACGACGCGCUACACACUGGCGACUCAUUGAAAGUCUACAGCCAUUGCCCACAGAGAGCUCACCUCUCGCCGGGCGUGUCCACGCUAGCCACGGACUCCACGUCGGGGAACCUGCUGCUGAGUGGCUCCUAUGAUGGUUCCGUGUCCCUGUGGUCGCUCGACGGGAAAGUGCAGGACAACAGCCUCGUGAACAAGCGCCUGGAGUACAUAACCAGGAAAGCCCAUGACGGCACAGCCCAGAACACUACCCAUAUCAAGUCCCUGAGACCAUCGCUGCACAAGAGACAGAAGACCCAGGACCCGCGCGCUGUGCGACACGCUGCGCGACACGCUGGCCCCCGAGCUGCCAGCUCCCCGGUGCACGCCUUCGAAACAAGGGCUUACAAGUACAGGAUGUACCGCCAGUCCAGCAGCCCCCAGGGCAAUCCCCUCGGCUCCACUCCGGGCACUGCCCGUGCCAGCCCAGCGUCUCACUUGCAACAGGCAGGUGAGCCACCUGAGGAGGACCCACACAGAGCCCACACUUACGGCAUCACCUGCCUGGCAUGGUACGGGCCAGACAACGGCAUAUUCUUAACGGGGUCCAACGACCACGCAGUGAAGCUCUGGGACACCGCCAGCUUCGAAGCGGUCAAGUGCUAUAACUUCGACACAAGGGUCAAUGACCUGCACAGCACGAGUGCAGCCCAGAGCCUCAUCGCGGUCGCCACCGAUGAUUACUACCCGAGGGUGAUAGACCUGCGCCAGUCAGCUGCAGACGAAGCAGGCGCCAUGCAACUGGGCGCAAAGUCGCUGAUGAGGGACCCCAUGUUGUGCGCCCGGUUCCACCCAACAAACGGCCAGUUGCUGGCAACAGGCGACGCCGGUGGCAAUUGCAAACUGUGGGACCUGCGCAUGGUCGGCAAACCCUGGGGAAACAUGGCCAGCAUGCGACCAGGAAAUCCAGGUGUCACAGUAGCCAACUCAGGCUUGGGAUCAGCUAGUAAUAGCAAGGCUCACUUGAGAAGCUGUAACGCUCUGACUUGGAGUCCCGGAGGUAGCGAGCUGGUGACCAUGGGCACUGACGGUAGGAUAUACUGUUGGUCGCCGUUCCAACUAAAUGCUGAGUCAAUAGUAGAUGUUAGCGGAACGGCAACCGCCGACAGACAAAUAGGACCCAUUGACCUCGAAUAUACAGGUUGCAGGACCAUAGGAGGCUCUACUAUUGAUCCUUCGAGAAAUAAAGAGCAACAUAAAUAUAGAACAUCGCAGCGACUGGAAUGGUUCGAUAACUACCUGCUUGUCAACACUGACUACGCUGAGAUACAAAUAUAUGAGAUAGAUACCGGGAAAUACCUGGACAAAAUAAGCUAUGACUAUGAAAACGACCUGCAACACACGAAGUCCAAAUUGGUGAAGACUAUAAAACGAAACAAGAAACUGAUUGGCGGAAUGUGCUUACAGAAAUUCAUUCACAACGGAGUCGGUCUGCGCUUAUACCUGGGAACCAAUGACGGUUACGUCGUGGAGAUGUCUUAG